AGCGCGUCGUUCCCAAGCAACCACCCCAAACAAUCUCUCGACGGGCGCUUCAUGUGCCUCAUAUUGUCUGCCAAUCCCUGCAGUGUGUAAGAAUUGUCAAGCUGCAAACGACUACAGUUCUCGAUUCGAUGCCGCUGCCGCCUGGCUUCACGUCCAUCAAGGACACCAACAGGGGGAAAUCAGGUGAUGUAGUCAGCCUGCUCGGAAUCAUAGUCAGUCUGAACGAACCUCGACAGACCAGAGGGUCUGACUGGUUUCUUGAUUUCACCAUCCAGGAUGACUUCACUUCUGGCACCGUUGGGACAUUCUCAGGCGCGAGUAUCAAUUGCCGUCUUUUCAGACCCUCGCCUACCACAUUUCCCAAGAUCUCUGGUGUCAAUGACGUUGUCAUCUUGAGGAAGUUCAAGCUGAAUGACUGGCAUGGCCGACUUGACUGCGUCAGUGAUAAACGACAGAAUUCAGGCGUUCUGGUCUUUCCCGCCAGCAAGAUUCCCGUGCCAGAACUCAGCCAAGCGUAUCAACUCGGAAAUCAGCGUCUUCCUCAUGAAGCCACUUUCGGUACCCCUGAUUUCACUACUCAAGAGCAGAUGGCUGUUAUCCAUACCAAGCAUGCAGCAUCUGGUGCUUUGUCAGAAGUAAGGCAGUUUGCGGCAUCAAAGCCUUUCAAAGCUACGGCAUCAAACAAGCUCUCUUUGAUCAAAGACCUUACUUUCAGUUUGUUCUACGACGUUCGAGCUCAGCUGGUGAACAUAUAUUACACGAACCACGGUACCGUCGAAUUGAAGGUGACGGAUUACACCUCCAACAGAGAUCUCCAUCUCUACGCAGAUCCUGACGAAGAAGAAUCAUUCCUUGUCACAUACAAGAACUGGUCCGGGCCUUAUGGAACACUCACUCUUGAUGUCAUACUUUAUGGCAGCAAUGCCAAUUGGGCGCGAGACAACCUUUCAAAUGGGGACUACAUCUUUCUCAAGAACAUGCGUACGAAGAUGUCGCCUGCCAACAGGCUUGAAGGUGUCAUGCAUGAUGACAAAAUCAACCCAGACCAAGUUGAUAUACGCAAGUUGACCAAUUCAAUGGACAUCAAUGAGAUCAUUAAACGGAGAGAGGCUUACGAGAAGCAACGGACUGGUAAGUCGGCCUUGGAGGUUCUACAGAGUGUACCCCAGAAGCCAUCUGCGAAGGAAUUUGUGGAGAAGAAAACGAAGAAGAGGGAGAAACAACGCUUGCAGAAGGAAACAGAGCAGAAAGAGCUGCAGAAGAAAUAUGAAGUAUGGGACGCCGCGCGCAACAUUAUCAACGGCAAUGUCGUGGCGCGAGACCCCGACAUUCAGUUGUCUACAAUCUCUGAAAUCAUUUACAAUCCCUCUCUUCAGGUACAAACACCAAGCAGGAACACCGAGUUUGCUCUUCCGUUCGUCAAUUGUAAGCAUCGAGCCCGCGUUAGAGUAGUCGACUUCUUUCCACCCAGACUGGAACUCUUCGCACGUAGCACGAGGGAUCCUACAUGGAACGAAAAGGCAAAGGCACAAACUCCGAGCAAAGAACGUUGGGAAUGGAGUUUCGUACUCCUUCUUGAAGAUGCAAAACCACCUCCCAAUACGGUGUCUGAGAAGUUGCGUGUUGUCGUAGGGAACGAUUCAGGGCAGUAUCUUACCAAGCUGAAUGCUGUAGAUCUCAAGAAAACCCCGAAUGUGUUGGAGCGGCUUGAAGAGAUCAUGUUCAUCCUUUGGGGCAACGUGUUCGAGCUCAAAACCGAACUGAGGAACAAAGGAUCCGACCUGCCGCUGCCACCUGGAGACAACAGGUUGCAGAACAAACCAUUCGACUGUAACAUUGUGGAAUACGGUGCCGAGGUGCCUGUCACUGAUGAAACACCAACAGGAUAUGAGCGCAAGCAUAUGCUUUACGGGACAACCAUCAGGUUUGAUCCGUAGAAUGUCGACUAAUGUAAUGGAUGACCAGAAUUGUACUAAAGCCAGGUAGGGAGUCUUUGUCUAAGGUUGGUCUUUAUCUUGCAUCAAGAUGUGCAAUGGUAAGCCUGUGUUAUGUUGCUAUCUCAAG